AUGGCUAGUGAGGAAGAGAGUUUUCUUGCCCUGGUGCAUUGCUCUGGGAAAAUUAAAAAAAGCAGAAGCCAAGGUGUGAAGUUCACCGACAGAGAACCACUAAGUAUUUUUAUCAGUUCGUCGAUGAGUUUGUCAGAUUUGAAGAACAGCAUCUUGGAGAAGCUUGGCGUGUUGGGUUGCAAGUGGGUGAAGAAACUAUUCUACAAGAUUCCCAUGGCGGUUGUCUCGACCGGUGUUCAGUAUGAAACCUUUGCGGUUAAGGCUGAUGAAGAUAUUAGGGUUCUGUUCUACUGUGUAAGGAGUUUUCCGGAGAUCAGAAUCCAUGAGUUGUUCGCGAAGUUGGAGGUUGGUGUCGAUAGUUCUGGGGCAUCCGCUCCAGUAGCUUGCCCAGCUUCCGUGGGUGGUGCAUCUAGUUCGAUGGCUGCGGUCAGACCGUAUCUUCCGCCGGUUCAAUCACCUUCUUUUGCGGCUGAUUUAGACCGAACGGAGGUUGUUGGUUCUGUACCUUUGGAGAAUGCAGCAGUCAUUGAGCCUCCCAACGUUGUGGGCACCGGCGGUGGGCUCGUACCUUAUAUCGAAGACUUUGGUGGUCCUGAUCAAGUAGAGAAUGCAAUGCGUGACGAUGAGUCUGACCAGGAGCCUGUCCACAUAGAUGGUGACAGCGACGAUGACAUAGGUGGCGAUCCACAUGCGCAGCAUCGGCCUUCAAGUGAUGGUUCUCAUCAGUACCCUCCACACUUCUCCACACUAAACUUGGAAGCUCUUGGUCAACAGGAUGACAGUGGUAACAGGGUGGGGAGAUCUUCUUCAGAAUUUGAGAUUGGGCAGUCAUUCCAGAGUAAAGAGGAAGCUGUGCUGAGUGUAAAGGACUAUAGCAUCCGGCGAGGUGUUGAGUACAGAGUCAUCGAAUCGGAUCAUUUGAAGUAUCAUGGAAAAUGCAAGGAAUUCGGCAAGGGUUGUACUUGGUUGAUUCGUGUAGCGCUUCGUGCACGAAAGGGGACUUGGGAGGUUAGGAGGUACAACGGGCCACACACGUGCCUCGCAACUUCUAUUUCAAGUGAUCACCGUCAGCUGGAUUAUCACGUUAUAUGUGCGAGGAUUCUUCCCAUGGUUAGGGCGGAUGCUGCGGUUACGGUAAAGGUACUUCAACAAGCGACAGAAGCUGAUUACGGUUUCAGGCCUAGUUAUAGGAAGGUUUGGAUGGCUAAGCAGAAGGCAGUGGCACAAAUAUAUGGAGAUUGGGAAGAGUCUUACGCGGAGUUGCCACGUUGGAUGCUAGGGAUCCAGGCGACACUGCCGGGAACAAUCACGGUGCUGAAGACGUCUCCUGUUCAGAAUGGUGGUGUGGUUGAUGAGUCCGCGGUGUACUUUCACCGGCUUUUCUGGACAUUUCCACCGUGUAUCGAGGCAUUCCGGCAUUGCAAGCCCCUCGUCAGUAUUGAUGGUACCCACUUGUAUGGGAAGUAUGGAGGGACGCUGCUGUUGGCGAUAGCUCAGGACGGGAACUCCAACAUCCUGCCGAUAGCAUUUGCCCUUGUGGAGGGCGAAAAUGCAGAGUCAUGGUCUUUCUUCUUGUCCAAUCUCCGAGAGUAUGUGACUCCUCAGGAGGGUAUCCUUGUUAUCUCAGACAGGCAUAAUGGGAUCAAGGCAGCGCUUGAGGCACCUGAGACUGGAUGGCUGCCUCCUCGUGCAUUCCGGGCCUACUGUAUAAGGCAUGUGGCAGCGAAUUUCGCCCUAACGUUCAAAGGUAAGGACUCAAGGCAGUUACUGGUCAAUGCUGCCUACGCCAAGACCGAGGCAGAGUUUUACUACUGGUUCGACAUCAUGCGGACUGAGAAUCCAGCAAUGUGUGACUGGGCCAACCGUAUGGAGUAUGACAAAUGGACCCAACAUGAGGAUGCUGGUUGA